CAGGCUAUGUCGCUGAGAAGAAUGUGCAGAGAGAAAUUGGGAUUGAAAGAGACAAGGAGGGUUGGUUCAGAGAGAACAGCGAUGAAGGAAAUGGUGAAGAGAUGGUCAAGUAUGGUGAAGAACGAGGAGGAAGAAGAAGAGGGUUUGCCAAUGGACGUGCCAAAGGGUCAUUUUGUGGUGUAUGUGGGAGAGAAGAGAAGCAGAUAUAUUGUGCCUAUUUGGUUUCUGAGGCGUCCCGAGUUUCAGAGGUUGCUCCAUGAAGCAGCUCAAGAAUUUGGGUUCUGCAAUCAAAGAGGUCUCACUAUUCCUUGCCAACAACAUGUUUUUGAGUCUCUUAUAGCUUCGAUGCUCCGAGGAUGAAGUUAGACAUCAAAAAGACAACCCCGUUCUCUCUGCUGCUUUUCUUUUCCUUAUUUUUUCUGGGGAGAAAACAGCCACAUAGAUGAAGCUGGUUAAUUCUCCGUUUAUCUGCUUCCCUAGUUUGGUUUCCUCCAUUUUCAUGGUUCUAGUUUAGAAUUAGGAAGCCUGAGAAAGGCAUGUCUGUAAAUGUUGGUAGAAUCAAUUAAUGCGAUAUUUCUCCCACAGGGGUUGAAGGAUCGUCCAUUGUAACCUGUCGGAGACACUAAUUUCAAAGCGUAUU